ACGCAUAUGAAUUGUUUGAGGUUACUUUUAAUUCUUUUAAGUCACGUACCAAUACGCUGUAAACAAUGUUACAAAUUUGAAAUUAAUAUAAUUAUAACUGUUUUACAAAAAUGGCUAAUACUUUAGCCAAUGUACCUGUGUCAAAAAUUAUAAAAAAUAAAAGCAAUUUCGAAGAUGAACCUAAGAAAAAGAGUAGAGAAGACUGGCGGAAAGCAAAAGAAUUGGAAGAAGCAAGGAAAGCUGGAACUGCGCCAGCUGCAGUAGAUGAAGAAGGCAAAGAUAUUAAUCCACACAUUCCACAAUAUAUUAGUGCAACACCAUGGUAUUUUGGAGCACAGGGACCUACUUUAAAACAUCAAAGACCACAACCCGAAAAACAAAAAAAGUAUAGUGGUAUAGAUGAAUGGUAUAAACGUGGUGUAGAUUCAUCUAAAGUAGUAACAAAGUAUCGUAAAGGAGCAUGUGAAAACUGUGGUGCAAUAACUCAUAAAAAAAAGGAAUGUAUGGAACGUCCACGUAAGAUAGGUGCAAAGUACACAAAUGCAAAUAUAGCACCGGAUGAAUUUACUCAACCAGAAUUAUCUACAGAUUAUGAUGGUAAAAGAGACAGGUGGGCUGGUUAUGAUCCUUCACAGCAUAGAGCUAUUGUUGAAGAAUAUCAAAAGAUUGAAGAAGCAAAAAAACAGAUGCGUGCAGAAAAAUUAAAUGCAGAAGAAAAUGAUGAACAAGAUUCAGAUAAAGAUGAGGAUAAAUAUGUCGACGAAGUUGAUAUGCCUGGAACAAAAGUUGAUUCUAAACAACGUAUUACUGUAAGAAAUCUACGAAUUAGAGAAGAUACAGCAAAAUAUUUGAGAAAUUUGGACCCAAAUUCAGCAUAUUAUGAUCCUAAAACAAGAUCUAUGCGUGACAAUCCUUAUACUGGCACAGAAAGAGAGGUGGAUUACAAAGGUGAAAAUUUUGCCCGUUUCUCAGGAGAUACACAACGACAUGCAAAUGCUCAAUUAUUUGCAUGGGAAGCACAUGAAAGAGGUGUUGAUGUUCAUUUACUUGCUGAACCUACGAAAUUAGAACUACUUAAACAGGAAUAUGAUAAAAAGCGUGACGAACUAAAAGAUAAAGCUCGUGAAAGUAUAAUUAAUAGAUAUGGAGGUGAAGAACAUCUUGACACUCUUCCACCUUCUCUUUUGUUAGCACAAACAGAACAAUAUGUUGAAUAUUCUAGAUAUGGAAAGAUUAUUAAAGGACAAGAUAGACAAGUAAUUCGAUCAAAGUACGAAGAAGAUGUAUAUCCAAAUAAUCAUACUUCUGUUUGGGGAUCCUAUUGGCAAGCUGGUAAAUGGGGAUACAAAUGCUGUCAUUCAUUUAUAAAAAAUUCAUACUGUACGGGAAAUGCAGGUAAAAAGGUAACCGAAGCAGUCACUAUUGAAACCAAAAGAGUAAUAAAUGAAGAAGAGAAAUGUGAUGAAGAAAAAACAAAUUUGUCUGAUGAAAUAUCUGUGAGUAACAAUAGUUCAUCUGACGAAGAAGAAAAAAUGUCAAAAACAAUAAAAUUCAAAACUUCAAAGAAAAGAGAAAAAAGGCACAAACAGAAAGAACAGCGGAAGAAUAAGAAGAAAAUCGCUAAAUUGCAAGAACAAGAUAAAUUGCAACAAGCAUUACAGAAAGAGGAAGAAAGACAAAAAGAAGCCGAAAGACUAUUACAAAUGAACGAAAGAAAACGUCCUUACAAUAGCAUGUAUGAAAUUAAAGAACCAACAGUAGAUGAGAUCGAAGCAUUUCAGAUGAAACGAAAACGUGAAGAUGAUCCCAUGGCAGAAUUUCUUAACAAAUAAUUCUUGUAAUUAUGAAAU